ACUUUCGCAUACCUCAUUGGUUCAGUCAUGUAGCCGUCAAGACAGUUUACGGAAGUGUAACCACCCUCUUCAAAGAUGGAGGACGAUAGUUCAGAUUUGAGCAGACCACAAAUGUACUUAUUUGGUUGCACCCUUAAAUCCGACAAACGGGAGUUCAAAAUUGACGUAGAUGACGACGAUACGGAGCAACAGCUGUCUCUCAAAACAGUUUGCCUUGGAGCGGAGGCUGAGGAUAAGUUCCAUAUGGUGGAAAUCGAAGGCCUCACCUAUGAUGGAAAAACAACCAAAGUCCCGCUGGUUGUGCUGAAGCCGUCCAUUCUGCCAUCUAUGAGUUUAGGUGGAUUUGAGAUGACUCCUCCAGUUACCUUUCGCCUUCAGUCUGGCUCUGGACCUGUUCACAUUAGUGGGCAACACUUUGUUAGUGUCAAGGAUUCCGAGGACGAGGAAGAGAACAACACAUCACCGGUGAAACGACCUGCAAGCUUGAUGUUGGGAAAGAAGCCUCCACUGAAAAAACUAAAGAUGGAUUCUGAUGAGGAUGAUGAUGAAGAAGACAGCGAUGAAGACGAUGAUGAUGAUGAUGAUGACAGUGAUGAAAAUGAUGAGAAGACUGCUGGAAAAGAGUUGAAAAACCUUGCUAAGAAGCCCUACAAAGCUCCGGUAAAACAGAACGGUCCUGCAGGACAAGCAUCAGGAUCAGCAGUCAAACCACAGAUUAAGGCCCCUGCACCAGGAAAAGACAAACCCCAGGCCGGCCCGUCCAAAACUCUGUCUCUGACUGAGAUCAAGAACAAGUUGUCAACAACAGCCAAGGAGGGGAAACCACUACCUAAGUCGCAGCAGAAGUUUGAGAAUUUCGUGAAGAAUGCUUUUAAAAUCUCAGACAAAACCGUGGUCAAGGACCUCUGGAGCUUUGUACAAACACUGAAGAUCGAGAAGAAGUAACAAACUGUAUGCUGUGUGUUUUGCAUCCUGCAAGACAUUUAAAGGCACAGUCAGCGAGAUUUCCUACUUGGCCUUAUUUGUGUCAGUAUUUUUAACGGCGACUUUCAGUGAGCAGAAAGUGGUUAAGCCAUGAAUGAUCCAGGUGUCAUGGUUUUAUUUUUUUAGAUGCGAAGUGCAGACUGAAAAUAAGGAUGUAUUUUCACUGAAAGCUGUAUCAGGAGCAUGUGCUAAGUUCUAUAGAUAUCAAAACUCCCAACUAACACAAUAUAAUAUACAGUAAUAUACAGUAUCUGCAUACACAGAACACAAUUGUGUAGUUUGAAACAAAUAUAUCAGCUGGUUAAUUGUCCAGUUCCAGAAGCUGUUUCAGCUCCUCUGCUUUCCUGUGCUUCACAUCCAUGACACUGUGUGUACUUUAAAUCAAUAAUGCAAUAGGAGAUAUUGCAGAAUGUGCCUUUAAAUAUCUCUACUGUAACAUAAAAUACAUCACAGUUCCAGUUUGUGUGAGUAUGAGCAACGUAGGAUGGCUGAGACAAGCGAGGAACAGCUUAUAUCCUGUCACUGAGAAGUGAGAUAAACAUGUUUGGUUCUUUUAAUUUUGUCCGGCUUACAAAGCAUUUUAGCUUGCAACUUGCUUGCUGAUUGUAUUAUAUAUAUAUAUAUAUAUACACAUACACGUAAGAUUGCUAGGUUAGUUCGUGUAAAUGUAAAAUGCCCUUUGUUCUUUUUGCCUCUCUGAUUAGUCGUGUCCUGCAGGAUACUGUGACCCACAGAGUUGCAUUUUCUUUUCAAUCAGACUAGUCAAAUAAGCAAAAACGACAAACAACAGCUUAUGCAGAACAUUUAGGUUAAAUUAUAGAAAUAGUGCGACAAUUAUGUCUUCAUAAAAACAUGUGUGUAUCACUUUAUCAAGCAAAUUAGAACCAUUUCAUCCCAAAUGUUUUUUUUGUAAAUGCAGAUCAGCUGAUACUGGGAACCUUUCAAACCACAUGAAGGAACAUAGUUUGGAUUUAGUUUGUAGAAGUGUGGAUUCAUAUUUGGCCCAUUAACACCUGUUCAUUACAGUGAAGGAAAACCUCCCAUACUGUACAUACAAACUCAACAUUUUCUUUCACUCAACCCACAGAUGUGUUGAGUCCAUGUUGUACACAUUGAACUCUAAAGGUUUACAACACAGCAAGUACAUGUUAACCAAAUCCAGGAGUAUGUUUACGAGCUGGCACCAACAUUGUGCUUCACUAUACAAUGAUUAUCACAGGUUUUCAUCUUAACAUUAGAAAAUCUGUGAGAAAAACUUGUCACCUUAAUGGAAACCCAGCGAAGCCCAGGCCCCUAAUUGUCUGCAUCUUGAUGCUCUGAAGUCAAUGCACACGCACUGGCUUUAUGCUUAUGGCGUGUUUAUGAUAGUGUAUAAUGCAUUUUAUAAGCCAAAUGGUAGUGGUUACGUUCCACCUUUAACCAAUCAGACAGAAGGUCGACCUUUCUCCUGGCUGUAAUGUACAUUAGGAAAGUCCUUUGACUAUAUUAGUUAAUGUAGGUGAAGAAUGAUGUCCAGUUAUCAACAUUAAAUAAAAAUUGUUUAACAUUCAUUUCUGUAAAUGAAUUCUUUGCUUUUCGUUUCAUUUGUGGCAGCUGAACACUUUGAUUCUGUGUUUGAGUCUGCUUUCAUUCGUCAUUGUUUGCAUUUGUAAUGUUUGUGUUCUAGUUUGAUUAAAACUGUUUUGGUUGACUAUGUACCCGUUUUGAAAAGUGGUGUCCUGUAUUUUUACUUUGGACCUCCUAUUAGUCCACAGUUCAUUAUUAUUUAGUACUGUACAAAGUAACUGUAGGCGCAUUGCUAAUAUGUUUUAAAAAAGAGAUGAAGGCGAUGGUGAUCUCCUUGACAAGCUGAUGCCUGUUGUUUUGGAGGGUCUUCUAAUGCCGAGUUGAUGAUGGGCGAACUGUUGAAAGAAAGGUUAGUUCAUGCAUGAGUGUUGACUGUUGACAUGGUUUGUUAAUAUGAGCAUAUGUGUCCUGUGUCUUCUUUUCCUUUACCUGAAUAAAGUGAAUCCAGGCUGACUGAGUCA